GGGGAGUGAGUGCCGCGUGGAUCUCUCCUGAUACUUUCAACAGGCAGUGCAGGAGACAGAAGUAAAGAGGCAGCUCUUUCUCUCCCUGUAGCUCUCUUUCCCGCUGUCUCUCCCUCCCUUUCUGCAUUUGUGCUUGAGCGGGACUGUGAUUACGGACUCUGUGUGUGCGCACAAAAGUAUUUGUGAUAAGACACACAAAGAAAGACCAUAAGGAAGACAGAAACUGGCAUCCUUUUUGCAGCAUCUACUGUCCCUCUCGGUCACACACAAACUGUGAGGAUCUAUUGCUGAGGGUGAAUUGGUGCAGCGGUUCAGCGGUGAGAGUCUCCAGCAUUCCAUCACCAGGAUCCAGGCUCCAGGAGAAAGACAGAGAGAGAGAGAGAGAGAGAGAGACGGAAGACGAGGAGGAGAGAGCCAUGUCUGGAGCGCUCCUGAGAAGGAACUCCAGCAAGCAGGGCUUAGAGAACCUGUUGAGGGUGACGGCCCAGAGGAGCAUCGAGGAUGCUGAGGAGAUCGAGAGGGAGCGCAGGCGGCGGGCGAGGGAAGCCUUCCGUAAGGAGAGCAGCCACUCUGGAGCCGACACCACAGCUCUGGACACAGAGGCCCCAGCAGAGGCCACCCAAGCAGCCCAGAGCUACGUGAGUGUGUCCAAGGGCAGCAGUGGCGGCAGGGGCUCGGUGGGCCUGGAGGAGGACGAGGGCUUCGGGGACUGGACCCAGCGGCUGGCCCAGGACCGCCGGCAGCGCCUGGAGAACGGGAGGCCCGCGGAGGCAGACACAGACAAAGGCAUGAACGGAGCAGCCAAACACGCGGAGAAGAUGCGUUUUUCCUCCACCUCCACCACCUCCUCCGUCGUUACGUCCAACAGGCUUCAGAGACCACAGCCAAAGGAGGAGAAGGAGAACCGAGAGAGAGAGGUGGGGAGAGAGGAGGCAGAUGGACGCUUGGGAGGCCGGAUGACUGACAUGAGGAGGAAGGAGUUUGGGAGGAAGGAGCUCGCCCAGGCAGACAAGGAAAUACAGCAGAACGGCAAAGAGUCCCUGAGCCUGUUCAAGAAGAAUGGCGAGAGUCCAGUAGCAGAUGUGGAUGAGAAGAUUAAGAGGAAGGACAUCAAAGCAUCAUACACAUCCAAAGUCCUGAUGCAACAGGAAUCCAAUCCCAAAAAUGGCAAAGACAAUGGACCUGUGGAGGAGGCCACUACAGAUGUUAUGAGAACUAGGAAGAUGCUCAGAAGCCCCAGCCAGACCAUGCCCCCGGCCCUGGCGCUGGAGAGCCCGCGCGAGGAGGAGGCUGCCCUGCUGGAGACGGAGCAGAAGCUGGAGAAGAUCCGACGGAGCCUCCAGGAGAAGGAGAGCCAGGAGCUGGAGCAGAUGCGAUUGAAGCAGGUGGAGGCCGAGGCAGAGCUGGAGGAGCUGAAGAGGAGAAGGGAGGCCAGGCGCCUCGUCCGAGAGGAGGAGGAGCGCAAGAAGGAAGAGGAGGAGCAGGAGAGGCAGGCCAAAGAGGAGGAGGAGAGGAGACACAUGAAGGAGGAGAUCGAGAGGAGGCGCAUGGAGGCGGCUGAGAAGAGGAUGAAGAGCCUGGGAGUGGACGGGGAGGAACCCUUCAACGCACUCAACCCCAAGAGCCCCACCGUCAAGAGGGAGAAUGAGGAGAGAUUGACUGCUGAGAGUGCCCACUUGAUCACAGAGCGGACAGACUCCCUAAAUCGCUCCCUGAAGAAGAGUAACAGCUUCAAGAAGACAUUGCCUCCAAUGCUCCUCUCCAAGAUUGAUGACAAGUUGGAACAAUACACACAGGCAGUGGAGAGCUCCUCAAAGGAGGCCAGCCGGCCAGCCAAGGCAGCUGUGAUGGACGUGCUGAGCCCUCCAAAGCCCGUGGCCUGCACCAAGAGCCUGUUUGAGGACGGCGAGGCCUGGGCCCAGAACAGCGCAGCCCCCCGGGGACAGCCCUCCAAGGAGGUGGAGGGGAUUAAAGUGGGCGUGGCCGAUCUGAUCACCAACUGGGUGAAGGGCAGCCCUGACGGCAGCAGCAAGAACUCUCCAUCCAAACCCUCGGAUGUGAAGCCAGGGGAUGUGCUGCACAAGAAGAACAUGUGGGAGAUCAUCGGGGAGAACUCUUCACCUGGCAAAGCAGGGGGAAAGGGACAAGUUUCUGGAAAGAAGUACAAAUUUGUUGUGACCGGACAUGGCAAAUAUGAGAAGAAACCAUCUUCAGGUGAAUUAUGCCAAGAUGACUUCUAAGCAAUGGACGACUGUUGGGCUCCUAAAGGGAAAGUGCAUCUGGCGGUAUUGUUCCACACAAGUCCUUCCCAGCCAUCAUGCCUCUUAGUAAGACAUGCAGACUUAGACCCUGCUCACACGGAUAGGGUUACUUCCUGUAAACACAUCAAUUUUUUCCCUCUGUUUGGGCCUUUCGUUUACACGUUAAACAAAAUUCCUGCUCUAUAAAACAAACAAAAAAAGCACCUGAAAUUGAUACAAGACAAACGCAAGCAAUAUGCAUGCAUUAAAAAAAAAAAAAAAAACAAUGACUUGUUUGUCUGGUACAGCCAAUUUGAUGCCAAGUGAUUCCACAUUCCACACUGACUAGAGAUUUCUAAGGUGACAAUUGAGAUUCCUUUUAUACACCUGUUAUGUAAAAAAAUAUAUAUUUUUAAAUCGCAUACGUGUAAAUGAAGCCUUAAUCUCCAAAUCACACCGAAGACACCUGAAAGUAAUGUUUUUAUGCUCUCACUUGGACUCUUUAGCUUUAGCUUUGUUCUUAUGAAAAACUGAAAGAUUUAUUUUCAUGUCUAAGAUUUCUGUCCAUGAUUUCUGUCUGUAUUUGUGUUGUAUGUAAAACAUUUAUAUUGUAUUACCCUAAAGGUACAAAUGUUUUAGACUAUGCAAACUUUACAGACCUGCAAUCAUUAAAAAAGAAAGUGGAGUCUGACAUAUGAUCAUCUAUUCAUUCCAAGCAGUGAAAUACAUGUUUGUUACAUUAUUGUUUUAACAUAUUGGACAAACUGCUUGCCUGAAACGAGUACAUGCCGUAUAUGUUUGUUUAUGUAUUGUGCCAAUGACCAUAUGGAUCACCUUCUACUCUGUAUAAAGUUACUACAUUCCCACUUUUGAAGCUGUUUUGUGACUAAGAUGACAUUGUCCAUUGGCACAAAUUGGGUUUCAUUCCCAGUAAUUAUUUGGGAUACAAGAUUCCACACAUAACCUUUAUUUUGUGUUUAAAAAAAAACACAAAACAUUUCUUUUGCUACUAUUAAGACCUUUUUUCUCUCAUUUCUAAUGUAGUGGCAGCAUUUGAAAAUAAUCAAGCACUACAGUACGUAGGCCUUUGUUUAUAGAAAGCUGAACACUGGAGUAAGACCCUUCAGUACGAUACAUUACGUCAAUCCAUGUUUUGUGGGACCUUUUUUAUGAACUUAUUAUAUUAGAAAUAUCAGUGUAACAGAAGUUAUUUUUACUCUGAGCAAAUUAUUAUUGCAUAGACAUUUUAGUUGCACUCCUACUUUGAUUUCAUUAUUAUUUUCUAACUGUUUUAGGCUAUAUUAAAAUGACUCAAGUUCCAUUCCUGUACAUGUACCACAGCUGUUCUGUUGCGAGUUGCGACCCUUUAAAUAUACAGUGCAUAUGCAAUAAAAAGCUUUUAUAUGAUUGUA